AUGGCUUCAGAAGCAGACAAUAAUAAAAAUUUUCUUAGUGAUUUAAUUAACAACUUCGAAUAUGUACCAGAAAAUGAUAUAGAAGACAUUGAAAGCAUGGGAUUAGCAAGCGAAAGUCUUAUAUCAGAUGGAAUUGAAACGGGAAGUAUUGACAAUAAUUUAGAUGUUGAUGUAGAAAUUAGUCCCUUUCUUUUUGACAAAAUCAGUUUUGAAAGGGCACGGGCCUUGGUAGAAGAGGAGAAAACCAGCGAUCUAAUUUUUUUAAAUGACAUAGAUAAUGAUGAUAUUGAUGCGGAUAGUAAUGAUACAACAUCGUCAGAAUUUGAUUCAAAUGAGAGUGAAUACUUAAUUGAAAACUUAGCAUUAAAAAAAG